AUGGCUGAAAAACCCGAAGAACAACAAAACACCGAACAAGUGUGCAACUUUUUUAGAAAACCAUCAAAGAAGAAAAACAUCCGAAAAAGAGCUCAUGAUGAUGAAAUGGACGAAGAAGAGGAACCUUCUGUUGUGAUCAACAAGAAAAAGGCUGUGGCAGCUGACAAUAAGUUACAUUUUGCUACUGGAUCAUCUAAGCGAUCAGAACAACAACAACAACCAGAGGCUGACAACACAAAAGCAACAAUUUUCCAGUUUGAUUCCUCUAAAGAAAUUCAAGUUCAAAACGACAGUAGAGCCACUGCAACAUUAGAAACAGAGACAGACUUUUCUAGAGAUGCAAGGGCGAUUCGGGAAAGAGUUUUGAAGCAAGCAGACCAGGCUUUGAAAGGGAAGGGGAAUGGAAAUGGAAAUGGUGAUGAGAAGUUGUAUAAAGGUAUUCAUGGAUACACGGAUUACAAGGCAGGUUUUAGGCGAGAGCAAACUGUUGCUAGUGAGAAAGCAGGUGGAUCUCAUGGACCACUGAGAGCUUCUGCUCAUAUUAGGGUUUCUGCAAGGUUUGAUUACCAGCCGGACAUUUGUAAGGAUUAUAAGGAGACAGGGUAUUGUGGGUAUGGUGAUUCCUGUAAGUUUAUGCAUGAUCGUGGGGAUUAUAAGUCUGGAUGGCAGAUGGAGAGAGACUGGGAUGAAGCAGAGAAGGCAAGAAAGAGGAAAUUGGCAUUGAAGGGCGAUGAUGAUGAUGAUGAGGAUGAAGAUGAGCAUAAUGAUGAUGAUGAUGAUGAAGAUGAGGAUGGACUUCCGUUUGCUUGUUUUAUCUGCAGGCAGCCGUUUGUUGAUCCGGUAAUGACCAAGUGCAAGCAUUAUUUCUGUGAGCAUUGUGCUUUAAAGCAUCAUGCAAAGAAGAAAAAGUGCUAUGUGUGCAACCAGCCUACACUUGGGAUAUUCAACACUGCGCAUGAAAUACGAAAGAGGAUGGCUGCUGGAGGGAAAUAAUGAAACAUGUAACUUUCAACCUUUUCUUUUAGCUUUCUUGAUACAUCUUAUGUACUUUACUAGUGUUAUGCAACUUAAAUUCACUUUUUGAAGUUAAUGAAUCUUUACUUAAUACUUAU